AUGCCAGUUGCGGAAUUCAUAAGUACCGAUCAAUCGACAACAGCUAUUUCCAGUUGGUUAUAUGCAUUUAAACGGUUUGCAACAGAACACGGCUUUGACGUGUCAGAUUUAAUUGCGAAUGUUACUAGUGAUUUCUCUACGGCAAUAAUCAAAUCGCUGGCACAGGCUUUUAAUGGGUGCAAAGAUGUCAUUGACUACCUAGAUCAAUGUUAUGAUUACUUGUACGAAAAUAAACAAAUGAAAUCAAAAAUCAUACUCAAUUUGUGUUGCUGUCACUUGGUGAAAAACAUUUCAGACGACGUGUUCAAGUACUAUGGUGCAGUUGGCAAAAAUAAUAAAAACAAAGAUCUUCACGUAUCAUUGUUGGUUUUGUAA